CUCUCUCUCUCUCUCUCUCUCCCGAUAGUUCGUUCUUUCAAGAAAACAUCUUUUGCUGAAUAUUUCUUUUUCAAUAAUCAAUUUCUGAUAAUACGAUAGUAGUUACAUACUUACAUGGAUGAUUCAUUCCAUUUAUGGUUUUUCCUUUUCCUGCUUCCAUUUCUCAAAAUUUUUCUCGUUUCAGGCCAGCAAUGGGAUAGCCUUAUGAUCGCCCAAUCCGAUUACAACGCCCUGAAUGCCCUCAAACACGAGCUUAUCGACUCAAGAGGCGUCUUACGAAGCUGGAACCGAACCACCAUCAAUCCUUGCUUGGGCUGGGCCGGGAUCAAAUGCGUCAAAGCCCGAGUCAUAGCCAUCCAGCUCCCAUGGAGAGGACUAAGCGGACAAAUCUCCGAAAAAAUCGGGCAGCUGAGAGCACUUCGUCGUCUUAGCCUACACGACAAUCUUCUCUCGGGUCCCGUGCCCGAAUCACUAGGCUCUCUCCCUAACCUUAGAGGCAUUCAUUUGUUCAAUAACCGCCUUUCGGGCUCCAUACCUCCUUCCAUUGCUGCUAACUGUUUGCUUCUUCAAACGCUCGAUCUUAGCAAUAAUCGGCUAACGGGAUUUAUUCCCCCGAACCUCACUAACUCGACCAGAUUGUAUAGGCUUAACUUGAGCUCCAACGAGCUUUCGGGCUCGAUCCCCGUGAGCCUAGCUCCACCCCACUCUCUCACUUUUCUUGCUCUUCAGCGUAAUAAUCUCUCGGGGAGAAUCCCGGACGAGUUAGGCACUCUUUUUCGACGACUAACUUGGAUUGAUUUAUCGAGAAACAAUCUCAUGGGUGAAAUUCCAGCUUCAUUGGUUGCAUUAUCAAAUCUAUCUUCUUUUAAUGUUUCCUACAAUAAUCUAUCGGGCCCUGUCCCUUCAUUUCUAGCUAACAAGUUCAACUCGACCUCGUUUGUUGGCAACAUUCAGUUAUGCGGAUACACUGGCUCGAAGCUAUGUCCCGAUAAUAAUAGUUCAUCUUCCUCUUCCCAAACGGGCCUCAAACAUAUAACAUUAAGCACGAGGGAUAUUAUUCUAAUAGCAGCCGGUUCCCUUUUAAUUGUUUUACUAAUAUUCUGCUGUGUGCUUCUCUGUUUCUUGAUCAGGAAAAAGGCAGCCUCAAAGGCGGCUACCAAGGGCAAAACAGGAACUUCAGCCCCAGUCAUGGAAGAAAUGGCUGCCGCCGCUGGUCCAAGCCUCGACAAUGGGGGCAAAUUAGUCCAUUUCGAUGGCGACUUUAUAUUCACUGCUGAUGAUUUGUUGUGUGCUACUGCAGAGACUAUGGGAAAAAGCGUUUACGGGACGACUUACAAGGCGACUUUGGAGGAUGGAGAUAAUACGGUUGCUGUCAAGAGGCUGAGGGAGAAGAUCACAAAGCCGCAAAAGGAGUUCGAGUCUCAAGUCUCGCUGCUCGGGAAAAUCCGGCAUCCCAACAUCUUGGCUUUGAGGGCUUAUUACUUGGGACCUAAAGGCGAGAAGCUACUCGUCUAUGAUUAUAUGGCUAAUGGGAGCCUUGCAUCUUUUCUUCAUGCUAGAGGGCCUGAAACGAGCAUCCCGUGGCCCACAAGAAAGGCGAUAGCCGUGGGAAUAGCCCGCGGGCUAUCUUUCCUCCACACAGAGCAUAACAUGGUGCACGGGAACCUCACGUCAAGCAACAUCUUACUCGACCAACACAAGUGCCCGAAAAUCGCGGAGGUCGGCCUUUCCCGCCUCGUCACCAGCGCCAAUCUCAUAGCGACAGCUGGCGCAACGGGUUACCGGGCCCCGGAGCUUUCAAAACCGAGGAACUCGAGCGCCAAGUCAGAUGUCUUCAGCCUUGGCGUGAUCUUAUUAGAGCUCCUGACCGGAAAAUCUCCGGGCGAGACAGGGGACGGGCCCAACUUGCCCCAAUGGGCCUCGUCUGCCAUGAAAGAGGAGGAGAGCAGCGCCAGUCGAGUAUUUGAUGCUGAGCUGUCGAGGGAUGUGGCAGAUGGAGAUGAAUUGCUCGGUGCUUUGAGACUCGCGUUGAAUUGUGUCGACCCUUCUCCUGCAGUCAGGCCCGAGGCCCGGCAAGUUCUGCAAGGCCUCGAGGAGCUGAGGCCCAAAGAAGAAGUCGCGAUAAGGCCCGUUUCGGGGGAUGUUUGACCGUUUUUAGUUUAGUUGUGCGUUCAUCAUAUACUAAUACUGCUAUUUUGCUUGUUCAUUGAUUUGUCGUUUAAUAAUAUAUAUAUUCGUUGUAAGUGUAUAUACAUAUGGUGAUAUUAUUCAUUAGAAUCCUUGAGGGUCAUGUAAAGAUAUGAUUUUCUCUUGAAUUUUUCUGUUUCAAUAAGAAGGCAACCAUUUUUUUCAGUUGAAGAUGUGCAAAUAGUAUUCACUUUCUAUUUU